UCCUGCUUUGUAACGUUUAUUACUCCAAAACCCCACAAACGUAUUUCUUGGCACUCAACGAAACCAAACCCUCGUUUGCAGAAUCGAAAUCGUUCCAUUCCUUCCUCUCUCUUGUUUGGUUUUACAAAUUCCAUAGAAGUACCCUUCUUGUCUUUCAACAGAUCUACUAACCAAAUUUACAGAUUCAGACUUGAAAGGGCUGUUAUUUCAGAUGGGUUCAAGAACAGCCACCAAAGACAUCAUCACUCUCCGUGGAUCAGCCGCUAUUGUUAGCGAGUUCUUCGGUUAUUCUGCCAACAGUAUUCUCUAUAACCGUGGACUCUAUCCGGAAGAAAGUUUCACGAAGGUAAAGAAGUACGGGCUUCCAUUGUUACUCACACAGGAUGAGGGUGUGAAGACCUUCAUUGCCAGCCUAACGGCACAGCUUUCUGAAUGGCUGGAAUCUGGGAAGUUACAGAGGGUGGUGCUUGUGAUAAUGAGCAAGGCCACAAAUGAGGUAUUGGAGAGGUGGAACUUCAGUAUUGAGACCGACAGUGAAGUCGUUGAGAAAGGUGUGUCAAGGGAGAAGAGUGACAAAGAAAUAAUGAGAGAGAUACAAGCAAUCAUGCGACAAAUUGCAUCUAGUAUAACAUACUUGCCAUGCCUUGAUGAACCCUGUGUGUUUGAUGUGUUGGCAUACACCGAUAAGGACGUUGCAGUACCGUUCACCUGGAUUGAGAGUGACCCCAAACUGAUUGCAAAUCCACAAAUGGUGAAACUGCAUUCUUUCGACACCAAGAUUCAUAAGAUUGACACACUGGUGUCGUACAAGAAUGAUGAAUGGGACGAGCAAUAAGAGUCACCGCUCUGGUGUUGUGUGAAUCAUUGAUUCAGAUUUCUAAGUGCUCUUUUUGGCUUCUCUUUUGUGUGGCGCGUGUUUUCCUUCAAGUAAUAUGAAUGGACUCAGGUGAAUCAUUGAUUCACAUUGACAUCAUGUAAGAAUUGAGAGAUGUAUUGUUUUGUAUCUGUAUCUCCGGAUUUAACAUGGAAUCUUAAAAGCUCCAGUUGAAUAUCUUGCUGUCA